AUGGUGGGCUGCUGGCAGCUAUGUCGCUCCAGAGGGAAGCAGAUCCUCUUCGUUGCCGCUGCGUUGGCAGUCAUGCGGCCGACCGAGGCUUCUUGGGUUGUUCGAUGCAACUUGGACUGCGACGGGGUCAACAGCUGUGAGGAGAAGCAGGUGUGUAGCGGGCAAAUGGUGGAGGAGGGCACUUGCCCGGACCAGCUGCCUUGCGCGCAAGAGAGCGAGUUCAACUGCAUGCCUGUCGACUGCCAGUGGAGCGAAUGGAGAGAGUGGGAGAACGAUGGCAUCUCCGGCCUCUGCACGCGCAAGAGGUACUUCAGCCCGCCACGUUGUGGAGGGAAGCAGUGCUUGGGGACCAUGGCAGACUCGAUGUACUGCGAACCCGGGGCUCAUGCUCCGAAGGAUUGUGAGUUCACUGAUUGGGAGGACUGGGGCAGCUGCAGUGAGACCACCUUGCAGAGGACGCGCCAGCGCGGGGUGGCGCAGGAGCCAUCCCACGGAGGAGCCCCUUGCCAGGGCCCACUUGGCACGACCGAGCCGUGCGGGGAUCGAGAACCUCCGGCACCUUGCGUUCUGGGUGAGUGGAUGUCUUGGAGCGGCUGCACUCGCGAGUGUGGCGGCGGCCAGCAGUUUCGUGUCCGAGCGAUUGCCCAGGAGGCAGCAGAAGGUGGAAAGCUCUGCGAAGGUGAAGAUGGAAGGGCCUUGGUCCUUCAAUCGACCCGACCCUGCAAUGUGGACAUCGUGUGCGACGGAGAGACGGCCAAGGACUGUGUGCUGUCGCACUGGGGUGAUUGGUCUGUUUGCGACCCUGAUGUACCUGCACACUCCAGACAAAGAUACCGUUCCCGCUCCAUCGCCAUUCCAGGUGCCAACGGUGGUGCAGCUUGCACUGAUAGCUUGCAAGAGACCCUGGGCUGCGAGGAAUCCCAUGUGCUUCCGCCUGUUGACUGCAAGCUCUCCGCCUGGUCUGCGUGGAAGCUUUGCGACAAGACCUGCGAGGGCGGGCAGACCCUGCGAACCCGGACGGUCGAGGUGGAAGCGAAGCGCGGUGGACGGCCCUGCCAGGACUCCACGCUGGAGACCAUGCCCUGCAACGAGAUCCCUUGCCAGCUGGACCCCGAGGGGAGGGAUUGCCAGCUCUCGCUAUGGACCUCCUGGACAGACUGCUCGGUCUCCUGUGGACAGGGCGUUCGCCAGCGCAGCCGGGAGGUUCUGACCGCACCACUCGCAGGAGGUCGCGGCUGCAGUGCCAUCCUGCAGGAGGUCAUGGGAUGCUCGAAGCCAGUCUGCAAUGCUGUGGACUGUGUUUGGGACACAUGGGACAGCUGGUCGGAGUGCAGUCGCACUUGCGAUGGCGGGCAGAAGAGUCGCAACCGGACCAUCUACAUGCCGCCUUCUCCCGGUGGCAAGCCCUGCAGGGCUUUGGACAGUAUCAGCGAGAUCGCGAGCUGCGGGACGGCGCCUUGCUCCUCGGCUUCGUGCCAGGAUGGCGUCUGGCACGACUGGGGGGAAUGGGGCCAGUGCUCCAGGGCCUGUGCUGGCGGCGUGCGGUGGCGUCACAGGAAGGUCGCCAGCGAGGCGCUGGACUGUGGAACUCCGGCAGUCGGUCCGGCGAUGGAUCUUCAACAGUGCAACGACUGGCCCUGUGAGGAAGACCGCGACUGCAUCAUGAGUACCUGGUCUCAUUGGAGCAACUGCUCCGCCAGUUGUUACGGAGAGCAGAAGCGCAAGCGCCACAUCGUUCAGCAGGGUAGCGGCAGUGGCAGCUGGUGCACGGAUCCUGAUGACUCACCGGCAGCUCUUGAAGAAAUGCGGCCAUGCAACGGACCGCAGGAAGCAUCCGAUGCCAAGAUCAAGGAGUGCGGCUUCGGAGAAGUCCAGGAUUGCUUGGUCGGUACUUGGAGCUCUUGGUCGGCUUGCACCAAGACUUGCAACGGAGGAAUCCACAAGCGAAAGCGGCAUAUCGUGCGGCCUUCCAGGCUUGGUGGCAAGCCGUGCAAUUUCACACUGGAGGAGGUGAAGGGCUGCGGUACUGAGACAUGCGGCUUGGCGAUGGACUGUGAAUGGGACGAUUGGGACCAGUGGGGUGCCUGCACCCACUGCAGUGGCGAGCGUAUUCGUGUCCGAGAGAUCCGUCACCUCGGGAACGAGUUGGGCAAGCCCUGUGAGCCUUCGUCUUCCCGCGAGGUCUCCCAGUGCAACAACUGUCCUGCGAAGAAGACAUACUGGUGCGUUUGGGCUGAGUGGGAGGAGGGUGCCUGCUCAGCAACAUGCGGGACUGGGGGUCGCCUCCGCCGGCAGCGCAUUCCAAGCAUCUCCGAGUCCCCACCGAAAAACCCGGCGGACGCCGUGGGCAACGUCACCGGCGCCGGCUCGACCUGCGAGGCCUACGAGGUGGACUACACGACGUGCAAAGGCCUACCACAAGACUGCACGGCCUGCGUUCCACAGGAUUGCGAGUUCGACGACUGGAUGGAUUGGAGUCAGCCGACCACAUGCGACGGCGUCUGCACCCGGUCUCGCAAGAUCUCCAGGCUGAACAACGACUGUGGCAAAGCGUGUACAGGAAAUCUGAAAGAGACCAAAGCCUGCGUUCUCCCAGAGUGCGAGGGUACACAGGAGUGCACUUUCUCCCACUGGUCGACCUGGGGUGGUUGCUCCGAGUCCAGUCGUCAGCAAACGCGGCUGCGCGAGAUUGCUGUCCCCAGCGGUCCCUUUGGUGCGCCUUGCACAGGACCACAGAAGGAGACGAAGCCUUGCGAGGCGAGCGCCGAGAAGCAGGACUGCCAGCUCUCGGAGUGGUCUGAGUGGCGGGAAUGCUCCAAGUCUUGUGGUGGAGGUCAGCGAAGUCGUAGCCGGGAGAUUUACCAGCACGCCCAACACGGCGGGGAGCCGUGCACGGGAUCUAUGAGGAUCACUGAGGAGUGCGGCACGGAGGCUUGCGGUUCUGGCGACCCACACCAAGAGCCCGGCACCGACGACUGCCUCCUCUCGGACUGGUCUGACUGGGGCGGAUGCGACGGCUCGACGGUACAGGCCUACCGCACCCGGCAUCCAGUGCGCGAGGCGCAGGAGGAGGGCAUUCCCUGCAGCGGAACUCUCAAAGAGGCUGGCCCGUGCCCCGGUACGGAGACGAGGGACUGCGUCUUCUCGGAGUGGGGCACCUGGGGUGGCUGCGGGGCCUCCUGUGGUGGCGGCCAGCGCUUCCGCACCCGCGAGAUCCUACACCCCGCCAAGCCGGGCGGCGAGCCCUGCACGGGGAGCACACAUGAGACGGAAGUCUGCAACGAGGAGAUUGCAUGCAACGUCCACCUGGACUGCGUGGUGUCGCACUGGAGUCUGUGGUCCGUGUGCUCCGUCUCUUGUGGUGAAGGCCAGAAUGUUCGGCAGCGCAAGAUCAUCCAGGCAGUGCAACCAGGCGGCUCUGGCUGCAACAUGGCCCUCCUGGAGGUCGGCGCCUGCACCGGAUCAUCCACCAACGAGACUUGUGGAGACAAAGUCGACUGCGUGUGGGGGCACUGGAUGGAGUGGUCCGACUGCCAGGAGGCGACCUUCUGCGGUCUGGGCUACAGAUCGCGGUCUCGCAAGAUCGCGGUGACUCCGGUGGGCAAGGGCGAGCGAUGUGAUCCGCUUCCUGCAGAAGAGGUUGUCACGGAUCUGAGAUGCGCAAAAUCCUGCACGAAGUCGGCCGCAUGCGUAGACGGCGAAUGGGGCGAAUGGGGUCCCUUCGGAUCGUGCAGUGUCACCUGUGGUCAGGGUGGCACGAGCAAGCGAACUCGAUCCGAGAAGGUGAAGGCGAACCACUGCGGCUUCCCUGCUAGCGGACCGAGCGAGGAGUACGGGCCUUGUGCUGCAAGCCGUGCAUGCGAGAGCGAGAUGGGCGCACAGGACUGCAAGUUCGGUGCCUGGUCCCAGUGGGAGGAGUGCAGUGCCAGCUGCAAUGGUGCCCGAAACCGGCACCGGGAGAUCAUUCAGUACAGUGCCUACGGAGGCCAGGCAUGCGAGGGGCCUGUCGUCGAGAGCGAGAGGUGCAACCCUAGCCCGUCGGAGCAUUCUCCACCCUACGGAUGCGUGAGCGGGGCUCCGGUGGACUGCGUCCAGUGGCCUCCAAGCGAAUGGUCAGAGUGCUCAGCAAAGUGCGGCACCGGAAACCAGACCCGGGAGCGGCGGGUGGCGGUGGAGCCGGCGUACGGCGGCAAGAGCUGCCCCGAGCCACUCAAGGAAAUCCGCGAAUGCCAUGCAGACGUCAGCUGCGAGGUCGUCGAUAGGGACUGCGAGCUCUCUGACUGGGAAGAUUGGUCCCCUUGUGAGCUGAUCGCCUACCAGAAGCUCCGUCGACGCAAAGUGAAGAUCUCGCAGGCAGGCAUCGGAAAGGACUGUCAGGGCGACCUCACCGAAGUCAAGGCCUGCGGCGGCCAGUGCCAGGACAGAACCUACUGGUGCAGUUGGGCAGACUGGCGACAAUGGGGCCUCUGCUCGACAACCUGCGGCUCUGCAGGCCGGCGGCAUCGCUAUCGCCCCAUGAAGCUCAUCGAGGUGACGCCUGCAGAAAUGAAGCUCCAAGGUGCCUCGAACGGCACCGCGGCCCCGAAGGCUCCGGCCACCCCAGUGCUCGUGAGCCCGGCAGAGGUCCAGGAGCAGUUUCAGCUUCUCAGUCGGAAGAUGGAGCUCGGACAUGGGCAUCUCGACUUGCUUGCAUCCUUCUUCGCGGGCGUUGCGAGCGUUGCGGGCAUUGCUGGCUUGACAGUCUUCGUUUCACGACGAGGCUUCUCGGCUUCUCUCGCAGCGCCGUGCGGGCACUCAGAGACUCGCACGGCUGGGACGUUCUCAUGGCGAUUUCGAGUCUCCACAUUGUUUUGGUUCUGCUUUCGGCCGGAUAAAGCUGUUUGA